AUGGCUGCCUGUUUUCCCCUUCUUCGUCUCUCUAGCAAAGACCUGCGCAAUGUUUUACAAAAUAUGGGGAUUCUUAAUUUAUUCUCCUUCUCACUGUGCUCCACCAAGGCUCACGUGAAGCUUCUGAACAGCACCAUCCAAAGCAUCGAGCUUCAUCUUUCCACUGGAAUUGGCAUUGCAGUCUGGUCUCCUACCCAAGACCGAAUCGAAUUAGUUUUCGAGAAGGAUCAAUGUGAGCUCGCGAAAGUAGUCAUGUAUAAUGCUUUAGGCCACUUAAAAACUAGAAGUUUCUGGGAGAAGACUGGAUUUGGCCUACGGGAUUGGAUCGAGCACGUCAUGGAAAUCUUCAAUCACUCGGCCAUUGACAUGUUUCGCAUAGUAGGUUCCCGCCACGCCGAAUCAUAUCUGAAAAGGAUACAUAAAACUACAGAUGGCCUGGAAGUAGGUACCAUGGAAUUCGUGUACUGGACGGAAGAAAGAGUGCACUUCAUGAGAAGAACCUUCCAGCCUACAGAUGUAUCACUCACAUUUCCUGAUGAAGAGAAUUUCACGCCAAAGUCUACACAGAGGAUUCUCCUGGAAAACCAGCACUUCUUGAUGUAUCGCUGGGCGGAUUCGGAGCCACGUUUCACUUUGAACGAUCUCCUAGCGAUCAACUGCUCCCAACUCUUUAUACCAGAGUCCACAUUAACCGCCAAGGACCUAAACAUAUUUCUCAAGCACUGGAUCAUCGGAUUCAUUGGAAAUCUCAAUAUGGUUCAAUUGAAGAAGCAUGACGGGAGAAUGUGGAGUUUGGAAGCCGUGCUGAACGAUAUUGAUUACACAAUAUCAGCCGAAUUGGCCGAAGAUAUACAGACAGUAGUAAUCCCACGAUACAGACUGUCAGAAUUGUUUCUGACCUACACGACACCUCCGAAUAUGGGCUCUAUUUUGACGAUCUAUCGAUGUGGUUGAAAAGGUGUUUUUUUUUUCAUUUUGUUGUUCAAUUUUUAAAAAAUAAUUCUGUGAAUAAAAUUUUCAAUUU